CCCCAGCUGGAUCAGCAUCAGCUCAGCGGUGUCCUGCACCUGCUGACCGAAUGCAGGCGUUUGGUUGAACUGGUGCUUUGGUUGAACGAGCUCUUGGCUGAUGCCCCCACCCUGAUCACAAAGCAGAGGGCAGCAGACAAAGAAAUCAGAGCUGCUGCCUCAGACUCUGAGGCUUUGGGAGGGGGUGGGGGGUUAGUCACCUACUUAUCGUGGUGUCACAUGCCAGCCGCUGGAGAGAGGACAACAACAACACAGAUGAGCGGCGCUCCACUGAGGACAGGAGUCUUUCUGCAGGCUCGGUCUCUCCUCUUCAAUCUCUCCUUCUCGGUCUCUCCUUCUGGAUGGAGGGCUACUCUCUGCUCUACAGCUCCUCUCACAGAACCCAGCUCUUUGCUGGUUUCCAGCGACUGCGCUCUCAGGAGAAGAUGUGUGAUGUUAUCUUGGAGGCUGGCGGCGUUUCCUUCCCGUGUCAUCGCGCUCUUUUAGCCAGCUCCAGUGACUAUUUCUGGGCCCUGUUUGGUGACGGGACCGCAGAGAGCCGAGCGGGCUCCAUCAGCCUCCCGGCGCUGACGCCUCAGGGCCUGGAGAUCAUUCUGGACUUCUUGUACUCGGGCUGGCUCAGCAUGUCGGCCUCCACGCUUCCUGUGGUCCUGAAAACAGCCAGGUACCUGCAGGUGGAGACGGCUCUGUCGAUAUGUGAGCGGUUCAUGAUGGACAGUUUGAAUGCUGAAAACUGCUGCUGCUAUGCUAACCUGGCGGACUGUCUCGCCCUUUCAAACAUUUCGGAGGCUGCCCAUCACAGCAUUGCCAUGGCGAUGAAGGACCUGCUGCAGGACAACAGGGAGGAUCUCCUGACUCUGAACAUCCGGUCGCUGACGGCGGUGCUGGAUGCGGAUGAGAUCCCCGGUGUCAAAGAGCUUGAGCUCGUGAAGCUGACUCUGUCGUGGUUGGAUGAAAACGGACCCCUCCCGCUCCUCAAGUCCAACGUUCUGCUGAGCCGUCUGCGGUUCGGACUGAUCGCCCCUCUGGACCUGAUGAAACUCGGCUGCGUCCACAAAGCCAUGGCCACGCCCCUGAUCAGAGGUCAGCUGACUCGAACCCUGGAGUACCACAGCCUGGGACCAGCUCAACCAAUCGCACAGAGCAGACACUCUACCCUCAGAGAAUCGCCCCAUCGGGUGGUUCUUGUGGGAGGCGGGGCCAGUGCUGAUUGGCCAGAGCAGCAGGUGUGGGUGUUUGAUCCGAGGAGCAGGAAGUGUCUCCCGACGAGAUGUGUCCUCCCUGCGAGGCUGAGAAGUUUCUGCGUUUGCUCCUUGGGGGGGUUUCUGUUUGUGCUGGGGGGAGAUGAGUUGAAAGUUGGGGAGGGGGGGGCAAAGACCUCUGUCACCAUGGAAACCUCAAACCGAAUGUGGAGGUUUGAUCCUCGCUUUGGCUGCUGGGAGGAGGCGGAGUCGAUGCUGGAGAGGCGGGCUCAGUUCACCUGCUGCUUGCUGCAGGACGUCAUCUUUGUCAUCGGGGGGCGACACACUCUGUCGAGCAGCAACACGCACGCCGCCGUGGCCUCGGUGGAGUUUUACGACAUGGCAGCAGGAAAAUGGAGGAGAGGCGUGUCCAUGCCCCGCCCCCUUCAUGGCCACGCCUCCGCCAUACUUGAAGACAGCCUGUACGUAUCAGGCGGCCUCCCCGGUGCGCAGGGUUGCCAUUACAUCGGUCUCCAUGGCAACAGGGAGGUAAGCCGAGACGUCCUGAGCUGGAACCUCAGAGACAGAGUCUGGGAGAAGAAGGCGUCCAUGUCCAUCGGCAGGUUCAGCCAUCGCUUAGCAGCUGCCCACGGCUUCCUCUACGCCCUGCUGGGGAUGUACGAACCCUUCUGUGACAUUGAACGCUAUGACCCGCGGGCGGACCACUGGACACGCCUUAAACCGCUGCUCUUUGGAUCCUUUCAUUACGGAAUGGCCUCCACGGCCUCCGGGAGUCUGCUGUUAUUUGGGGGGAGGAGGUGGAGGGACGGACAGGAGGAGACGGUGAAGAGUGUGCUGGAGUACGACACCAUGAAAGAUCAAUGGAGAGAAAUCUGUCAGCUUCCAAGAGAGCUCACCGGGACGGAGUGCACGCGGUUCCCUCUCCCAGACUGGACGGGGAUGGACGCCAGCUAAACGUCGCUAACGUCCAACCAAGACGCUCUUCAAGUCUCUGUUUUAACUAGUUUCUCCUGAUGAUCAACUUUAUUCAGCUCUGAUGAUCAACUGGUUCCAACCAAUCAAAAUCCGACAAACAUCCAGACACUUUGAUUUUUUUUUAUGAUAGAAAAAAUAACUUUUUUGUAAUUGUUUACAUUUGAUGUUUUGUUUCUCAAACCAAAUUUGGCGUAAAUUUCAUUAAAGAAAACAAAUACCAGUCAUACUAUUAAAAUGCAUGCACUGAAAAAAGGUUUAAUUGAAUCAAGUAACAAAGGUUCUGUAAUUUGUUCCUUUCAAAAUGAUCAGUUUUCAGCAAAUUAAAAUUCUGAGUUUAUGUCUUUCUUAACAUAAAAAUCUAAUUUUGAUAAAAAUGAAUAGUUUUAAAUGUAACAAAUUACAGAACUUUUGUUACUUGAUCCAAUGUUUGACUUUUGUCAGUGAUAAAGAGUGACAUGCAGUGAGGUUUACAGCUGGUGAGGUUCUGACGUCAUCAGUCAGAUUUACAAACAUAUGAACCCUAAAGAGACUCUUACUCACCGUUUGACUGACAACAGUUAAAGUGUGUUGUUUCAAAUGUCAUUUCAAUAUUUUUUUUCUGUUCACAAACUGUAGCAUAAAAAAAUCACUCAAAUUGUUCUUAUUGAUUCACUUUUACUUAUGAAUGAAGUCUGUGUGCAGCUCCUCCUGCAGACACACAUGAA